AUGGAUCCUGGAGCCGGGCCAGACUCAUCUCUGACUGUCAAUGAGCAGGUCAUCGUGAUGUCAGGCCAUGAGACCAUCCGAGUUCUGGAGGUUGGAGUGGAUGCCCAGAUUCCUGCUGAGGAGGAGGGCAAAGCGCUGGAGGCUGUGGCCACCGAGGGCUCCCAGAGCGGAGGCCCUGCUGAAGCUGGUGAAGCUGCUGGUGAAGCUGGCCCAGACCACCCAGACUCCUCCGUGGAGGCAACUGUGAAGUCGCUUCCGGGGAUGCCUUUGAGCCCUGCCCCUGCCGUUGCCACCUUCAGCCAAGCUCCAUGCCAGCCUCAGGCAUCACAGACCCUGACGCCACUGGCUGUACAAACUGCCCCCCAGGUCUUGACUCAGGAAAACUUAGCCACAGUUCUGACAGGAGUUAUGGUUCCAGCAGGGGCAGUUACUCAACCUCUUCUUAUCCCCAUCAGUAUUGCAGGUCAAGUGGCUGGUCAACAGGGGCUGGCCGUGUGGACAAUUCCUACCGCAACCGUGGCUGCCCUCCCAGGACUGACCGCUGCUUCUCCCACGGGGGGAAUUUUCAAGCCACCUUUAGCCGGUCUCCAAGCAGCUGCUGUGCUGAACACCGCUCUCCCGGCACCUGUACAAGCCGCCCCAUCGGCCCAGGCCUCCUCGCCCGCCCAGCCCCGACCACCGGCCCAGCCCCAGACGCUGUUCCAGCCCCAGCCACUGCUGCAGACCACACCGGCCAUUCUACCGCAGCCCACUGCUGCCACCGCCACUGCCCCCACCCCCAAGUCUGUGGACACCCCCACACAGAUCACCGUUCAGCCUGCAGGCUUCGCAUUCAGCCCGGGAAUCAUCAGUGCUGCCUCCCUCGGGGGACAGACCCAGAUCCUGGGCUCCCUCACCACAACUCCGGUCAUUGCCAACGCCAUUCCCAGCAUGCCGGGGAUCAGCAGUCAGAUUCUCACCAACGCUCAGGGUCAGGUUAUUGGAACACUUCCUUGGGUAGUGAACUCGGCUAGCGUGGCGGCCCCAGCACCGGCCCAAAGCCUGCAGGUCCAGGCUGUGACCCCCCAGCUGUUGUUGAACGCCCAGGGCCAGGUGAUCGCAACCCUGGCCAGCAGCCCCCUGCCUCCUCCUGUGGCUGUCCGGAAGCCAAGCACUCCUGAGUCCCCUGCUAAGAGUGAGGUGCAGCCCAUCCAGCCCACACCAGCCAUGCCCCAGCCGGCCGUGGUCAUCGCCAGCCCAGCCCCAGCGGCCAAGCCUGCUGCCUCUGCUCCCAUCCCCAUCACCUGCUCAGAGACCCCGACGGUCAGCCAGCUGGUGUCCAAGCCACAUACCCCCAGUCUGGAUGAGGACGGGAUCAACUUAGAAGAGAUCCGGGAGUUUGCCAAGAACUUUAAGAUCCGGCGGCUAUCCCUGGGCCUCACACAGACCCAGGUGGGUCAGGCUCUGACUGCAACGGAAGGCCCAGCCUACAGCCAGUCAGCCAUCUGCCGGUUUGAGAAGCUGGACAUCACGCCCAAGAGCGCCCAGAAGCUGAAGCCGGUGCUGGAGAAGUGGCUACAUGAAGCUGAACUCCGGAACCAGGAAGGUCAGCAGAACCUGAUGGAGUUUGUGGGAGGCGAGCCCUCUAAGAAACGUAAGCGCCGCACCUCCUUCACCCCCCAGGCCAUAGAGGCUCUCAAUGCCUACUUCGAGAAGAACCCACUGCCCACAGGCCAGGAGAUCACCGAGAUUGCAAAGGAGCUCAACUAUGACCGGGAGGUCGUGCGGGUCUGGUUCUGCAACCGGCGCCAGACACUCAAGAACACCAGCAAGCUGAACGUCUUUCAGAUCCCUUAG